UUGAACUGCUUGGUGACUACUGCUGCUGCACAGCCGACACGCUGCCCUGUCACUUUCAGCGCUGCGACUUCGCUGGGUCAUCGGCCUAAACCCGCUCUCGCCGCAGCCCGUCCUUAGCUUGUCCUCCUACUGCGAGCUGCCACUGCCACUACUGCAUGCUUGCUGCAUACUUUUUUUCCAGUUGCCUUUCUGCUUCCCCUCUUGUCGCCUCUUCCCUUUCUCUUUUCAUCUUCUACUUUUUUCUAAUCAACGCCAUUUGCUGCCGCUGUUCUUUCAGCGCUGUGGCCUUGAUGCCGGUACCCCAGAUCCUCCCAUCUGGUCGCCUUUGAUUUGGCCCGUCCCUGCCGACUACGUCAUCUGAGAGGAGCCAACCUCGGUGAUAUCGCGAUCUUUGCCUUCAGCCCUCCAUUGUCGCGCCUUGUCGGCAAACGAAUCUGCCGCCUCUUUCUCUCCAUCCAUCAUCUUUUCAUCUAUUUCCUACAGACACCCAUCUCCUCUAGCCGAUUCAGUUUACUCUCCGUUUAUCGCCGCCACCAUGGCGCCCAAUCCUCCUCCGCCGCUGCGACGCAAGAAAGCUACUAUCCGUCCACGCGCAGACGGCGACGAGACACCCGACAGACAAUCCAACGCGACCAAUUUGGACGGCCGCUCACCGAGCAGCGCAUCUCUGAGCGCCGAUGCUAAAGAGAGACGCAAUCACAAACCGACAGCAAGCCCGGCAAGAAAACAGGCUGCUGCUACUGGCUCAAGUAGUGGUUCGCGAGAUGACAAGUCGCUUACAUCCACAGCAAAGACGCUCACAGAAGCCGACGUGAUGCUCAGCGGCAUGUCACUCUCCGACCCCAGACAAGCUGAGCCGAUGCCCGCUGCAACGGAUGAUAAAAUUGGUGACAUUGUUCUCUCGCCGCCAAAGUCCCCCAACGGGCCUGUUAUUGUCAGCUCCUCCUCCGCUAAGGCACCCACGACGCAUGACACGCAUCGAAUCGAUAUCGAUGCAGCACAACAACGGGGAAAUGAGACUGAUGCCGCCGCCGCUGCCGCCGCUUUUGUACCCAACCGAGGAUCGUUUUUUAUGCAUGAUCAGCGUCGCGGGGGUCCGGCGGCGGGAACUGCUGCUCCCAGGCCAUAUGGCCGAGGCAGAGGUAGGGGAACCUUCUUCAGAGGUGGAAACGGCGCAGCGUACCCUCCAUCGUACGGCGGCCAAGCAGGCAACCACAACUUUGCGGCCAACGAUCACGCGAUGAACCGACCAUGGGCACACGACAUGCACGACGCUGGCCCGGACCCUUCCUCCCCCUCUCGAAGGCCAAGAUAUAUUCCUGAUGACGAAGGCCCUGCGAAUGGUAACGGUGUUAUUCCCACCUGCAAAGAAAGUCAGGUGCCUAUCAACAGGACGUUAUCUACAGAACGCCAUGUCGGAAACGCUCAAGUGCGUGUUUUCCUCCCCAACAUGGGCGAGGCCAAGAUCUUCUCUGGUGUGCUUGUCAAGCAGUACACCAAGUUGCCCGACCAUCGUCCACCUUUGCGCAGAGAUAAGCCCGUCCGAAUCUCCCUGCCAGAUCGAACCCCACGAUACGUCUAUCCAGCAUCCGACCGGUCCUUCACCUUUAUACCUAGAGCCCUGCGCCCCAACCAGCAGCAGCGCCUGCGCGGCAAACCACGCUCUGCAUGGGGCUCUGUUGGUGGCUACUCACGAAAGACGAGUGUUUUUGGCGGCAGCUACUACGGCAGCGUAUACACGCCAAGCAUUAAUCUCAGCCGCCGGUCUUCCGUGGCGGGCGAUCGCGAGCACAUGUUCUCGCCAACCCUACCCAUCAUGUCGAGGCCGCCUAUGGCCAUGGAGUGUAUGCGGCCAGGUGCUCGCUUGCCACAGGCGCAGCAGCAGCCGGGCAUGUUGGACCAGAAUGGUAUGGAGAUACCUUUCCAUCCGGCUCAAUUCGGCGACCCUCGUCAAGGGCAGACGCCUUCGCAUUACGCCAAUAGCAUCGUAUCGGACAGCCAGGCUAGCACCCUGCCCAUGCACCAGCCGAAGCCACAAAAGAACAUCUCAGUCGCCAACAUUGAGCCUGGACCCAUGGCGUUACCCACCAGCAGUACUCCUGGCUUCCAGCAAGCCUUUCAUCAUCAGAUGCCUCUGCAGAUGGGCAACGGCGGCAUGCAGGAUGGCCACGGCCGUCGCGCAUCGCACUCUUCACAACGUGCUUCUGGCACCACGCCGCUAUCUCAUAUUCCCGAACGCAACGCUCAUGGUUCCUCCUUUCACCCCAGUCCAGCUGCCUACAACAUGUCCCAGCAACAGCAGCAGCAACCCCAGCAACCCCAGCAGCAGCAGCAGUACUACAAUGCCAUGCAACCCCAGCCAUACCAUCACCAACAACACCAACAGCCUCUCUACUCUUACCAGCCAGACUUUUACUAUCAGAGCGGCUAUUCUACGACGCAUGUUAUGCCCCAGUACACUGGCACCCAUGACGGCAGCGGCAUGUCGGGCGCAUACGUGCAGCAAACCCAGGGCGGCCACCCUGCGGCUGUUCAGAACCCUGGCCUGCUUGCUCAAGAGAUGAACGGGAUGGUGUACUAUUACGAUCCCAACAUGAUGCAGCAGCAGCAGCCGCAGCAGCAUCAACAACAGCAGCAUAUGGCUACACAGAUGCCAAUGCCGGGCUAUGGCCAGUAUCAGAACCACGCCUCGACACCUCCCGGCAUGAUGUACUACUCGCAGUAGGGCGAAUAUAGGAUCUCUCCGCACCUCGCCGCUCUUCACGCUUUGAGGAGUACAAAAAACUCUCUUGGAUCACAUUGUUGUUUUAUUUUCCGUCCUUGUUGCAUAGCGUGUUUACCUUGCUUGUCCCCCCUCCUCUCCAAAUACCCCUCGGCCGUCCUUGAAAGACGAGCGCCGCGUUGCAUUCUCUACCGUUUUCUUGGUUUCUCCCCGCCCUAUUUGAUUUGUAUUUUUUUGGUCUAUUCUUCGUUUAUUGUGUUAGUUUCAUAGCCCCCUUUGUUUCGCCAUACCUAAAACCCAGAACGCAUCGGAAGGACACGAUGAUGCGUCGGGUGUGUUUUGCUUUUUUGCUUUACAGUUUUCUGUCCAUUGUGUUCUCCUCUUCCUGGACCAGCCAGCUGCAUGACGCAUUCUAUUUUUUUUUUUUUUCAUUGAUUCCCAACAUUCAUUCACUUUUCACUUUUUCCUGCUUUUCUACGGGUUUCAUUAUUGCCUCUCCUGUGCGUUUACAUUUACUGGAAGGGUUCAUUCGGCGUUUUAUGUACUAUUGCGUGGAGUUGGAGUAUAUGGAGGGGAUAGGGAAAAUAGGAACAAUUGACCCCGGUUGCUGCCGCUUGGCAGCAGUCGUCUAUUGAAGUCGUUUACCAUAUUGGAUGGAAUUGCGUUUUGUUUUUGUUUGUGAAAUCACAAAUGUAAUGUCAUCGUCAUCUCCGACCAAAGUUAGAUGCGGAUGUAUUUGUCACGGAAAUGGGAGAACCACGAUGUGCUGUAAACUCUAAUCGGCGGGAGUGGCUGUGGGCCUCAUCGGGAGUGAUAGUGUUCACUGAAGAUACUAACCUAUGAGCGAUGUUCAUGACAGGCAAAAGGAUUUGGGGUUUAGUCAGAGAGCGUGCUUUCAUUGCAGUCGACUCAGGCGAUGUUUUGAUGGCGUCGGGCCUGCGUCCUGUCACUGAGGGGGCGUUCUGGGUUACGAGUCGCGCACGACGCUGAGUUGUGGAGUAAGCGUGAGUGACAUCUCGCCUUCUUUUUGUAUAAGAGCCGAC